AGACAUCUUGGAUCUGAAGGGGGCCUGCUGUCACCACGUGAGGCAUAGAAGCCCGAGUGAGGGAGAAACCAGUCCGUGUUCUGGACUAAAGGAGCAGCCCAAAGGGAGAUACAGUUUUGGGGUUUUGCGAUUUUGAUUGAUGUGUUAAUUCACAGUCUGUAGUGCUUUGGCAAGCUUAAUCAGAAAAAUGCCCUCGAUCACCCUACCGCCUAAAGAGAACGCUCUCUUUAAGAGAAUAUUGAGAUGCUACGAGCACAAGCAAUACAGGAACGGUCUCAAGUUUUGCAAACAGAUCUUGUCCAACCCAAAGUUUGCAGAGCAUGGAGAGACCCUGGCCAUGAAGGGUUUGACCCUAAAUUGUUUGGGGAAGAAGGAGGAUGCAUACGACCUGGUCAGGCGAGGCCUUCGUAAUGACCUAAAGAGUCAUGUCUGCUGGCACGUGUACGGCUUGCUCCAGCGCUCAGACAAAAAGUACGACGAGGCCAUCAAGUGCUACAGGAACGCACUCAAGUGGGACAAAGACAACCUGCAGAUCCUCCGAGACCUCUCACUCCUCCAGAUCCAGAUGAGAGACCUGGAGGGCUACAGGGAGACCCGGUACCAGCUGCUGCAGCUGCGUCCGGCCCAACGGGCCUCGUGGAUCGGCUACGCCAUCGCCUACCACCUGCUGGAGGACUACGAGAUGGCCUCCAGGAUAGUGGAGGAGUUCCGCAAGACGCAGCAGACGUCUCCAGACAAGGUGGACUAUGAGUACAGUGAGCUGCUGCUCUACCAGAACCAGGUCCUGAGGGAGGCUGGGCUCUUCAAAGAGGCCCUCGACCACCUCUGCACUUACGAGAAACAGAUCUGUGACAAGCUGGCCGUGGAGGAGACCAGAGGGGAACUAUUCCUGAAGUUGGACCGGGCACAGGAGGCAUCGGAGGUCUACCACCAACUACAAGAGAGAAACCCAGAGAACUGGAGCUACUACCAAGGCCUUGAGAAAGCACUGAAUCCUGGGGACGCAGGAGAGAAGCUGAAGAUCUAUGAGGAGGCGUGGUUAAAAUACCCCAAGGGUCUCGUGCCCAGGAGACUGCCCCUUAGCUUCCUGUCAGGAGAAAAGUUCAGAGAGUGCUUGGACAAAUAUCUCCGCAUCAACUUCAGCAAGGGCUGCCCUCCUGUCUUCACCACUCUCAAGUCCCUCUACGUCGACAAGGAGAAAGUGUCCGAUAUUGAGGAGAUGGUGGUAGGAUAUGAGACGUCUCUAAAAACCUGUCGAAUGUUCAGCCAGAAUGAUAAUGGUCGCGAGGAGCCCCCCACCACGUUGCUGUGGGUGCAGUACUUCCUGGCUCAGCACUACGACCACGUGGGCCAGCCGGACACCGCACUCCAGUACAUCAACGCCGCCAUCGACAGCACGCCCACCCUCAUAGAACUCUUUGUCAUCAAGGCCAAAAUAUACAAGCAUGCGGGUAACAUCCGUGAGGCGGCACGCUGGAUGGACGAGGCCCAGGCCCUGGACACGGCCGACCGUUUCAUCAACUCCAAAUGUGCCAAGUACAUGCUGAAGGCCGGCAUGGUCAAGGAGGCUGAGGAGAUGUGCUCCAAGUUCACACGGGAAGGCACGUCUGCGGUGGAGAACCUGAAUGAGAUGCAGUGCAUGUGGUUCCAGACGGAGUGUGCGCUGGCCUACCAGAGCAUGAACAAGUUCGGAGACGCCCUCAAGAAGUGCCACGAGAUCGAGCGACAUUUUGUGGAGAUCACGGACGACCAGUUUGACUUCCACACGUACUGCAUGCGCAAGAUGACGCUGCGCUCCUACGUGGAGCUGCUGAAGCUGGAGGACGUGCUGCGCAUGCACCCCUUCUACUUCAAGGCCGCCCGCACCGCCAUCCACAUCUACCUCAGCCUGCACGACAACCCGCUCGCAGACGACAGCAAGGAGUCCCAGGCAGACACAGGAAAUCUGACGGACAAGGAGCUGAAAAAGCUUCGCAACAAGCAGCGACGAGCGCAGAAGAAGGCUCAGCUGGAGGAGGAGAAGAAAAAUGCGGAGAAGGAGAAGCAGCUGAAGAACCAGAAAAAGAAGAAGGAGGAGGACGACGAGGAGAUCGGAGGACCCAAAGAGGAGCUCAUCCCCGAGAAACUAGUCAAGGUGGAGUGUCCUCUGGAGGAGGCGGUGAAGUUCUUGACCCCGCUGAAGAACCUGGUGAAGGAUAGCAUCGAGACACACCUGCUCGCCUUCGAGAUCUACUUCAGGAAAGAAAGGUACUUGUUGAUGCUGCAGGCUGUGAAGAAGGCUUUCUCCAUCGACCCUGAUAACCCCUGGCUCCACCAGUGUCUGGUGCGCUUCUUCAAAGGAGUGUCCAGCAGCAAUUACCUGCCCGAGGCGGUCAAGACGGUCCUGAAUAAGGAGACGGGUCGGCUGUUUGGAGAGUUCGAUGCCCAAAGCUAUAACAAGAACUUCCUGAGUAAACACAACCACUCGAUACCCCACCGGGUGGCAGCUGCUAAGAUGAUGGUAUACCUGGACCCGUCGUCAGAGAAGAUUGCUGUGGAGUUAGCCACCAGCCUAGACGAGUCACUCACUGGCAGGAGCAUCCAGAUCUGCACUGAGGUGCUGCAGGCUCUGAGGGACGGUGGCCUGGGCUCGGAGCAGCAGAAGACACUGGAGUCGUACCGGGCUUCGUGCCACCAGGUCUUCCCGCACGCCUUGGCCUUCAUGCCCCCCGGGCACCACGACAACACCACGCUCACUGCCAACGGCGACCUGUCAUCGGGAGACCACGAGGACAUGUCUAGCGACAUCUAAAACGAACACGUGACACAGAGAGCGAGAGAGACAGAGGGCUCGUGGAGGAGGGCGUCGGCAGCGGCGGCCAUGUCUUUUUCUUUCGCGGCGACAGACAACCCCCCCCACGCGACCAACUACAAUGCGCUUCGCUUAAAAAAAAACAAAAAAAAAACCGCCAAGCCCUGGAGAGCCCUCUAAGGCCGUGAGCAGCAGGGAGGCUGGCGAGGGGUGGGUGGGGGAGGAAAUCACACAUUUUACCCAAUGUUUUUGUUUUUGUUUUAUUUUUUUCAUCUUGCUGAUGACUACUCUUAAAUGGAAAGAUAAACAGUGUAUGUAGAAAAUGAGGAAAAGAGAGGAAAAGAGCCAGGGUGUGGGGUAAAGAGGGGUGGUGAUGAACUGUGGUGUUACACCACCUUGUAUCCUGACCUGUGCAUCCACUUCUCAUGUUUUAAAAAAAAUAAUAAUUUAUAUAUAAAAAAAUAUAAUAAAUAAAAAUGCUCAACUGGGAAAAUACUGUUGUACCAACUAAAAAAAGGUUAUGGUUGACACUUCUCUUCUUUUCGCUUGGAUAGUGUGCCAAACCUUGACGCUGACUAGACGGGAUCUGUAAAGAGGGAGAUCAUGUGUUUCUAGUGGGAAACAUUACAAAGAUGCACUCGUGGUCCUUGAGCACAAAAGAGACAUUUCGCAGGGAAGCCACUGGGAGGCGACAUGCUAAAAGGUCCUGAUGGCUUCACCAACGGUAAAAGGCCUACUACAAACACGAUAAUAAGAAGGAAAAAAAAAAAAAAGAUCAAAAUGUCACCAGAGAACGCAGCAUGAGUGGAAUACCUUUUUUCUUGUGUUUUACUUUUGUCUUUUAUGGUUUCGUUUGGGGUUUUUUGAUAUGUGAAUGUACACCAAGGAAUGACAAAAAAGGUCUGAGGAACAGGUUAUGCCAUAGUAACAGAGAUCUUGAAAAUAUAUUUUGGAUUUGUUUUUUUUUUUCUUUCAUGUCCUGUUCCUUUUUUCUUUAUCUUUCGGAGAGAUUUCCAUCCCAUGUGAGAUUUAUCACUCUGUUUCUGAAUUCCUUUCCAUUUUCUUUUUCUUUUUUUAAAAAAAAAACAGUCUUGAAGCAGGUGUGCGUUAGCGACGCCAUGGUCAGAACAAAAAAGGAAAGAGACUCCACCUGCUCGACACUCUCAGACAAGAGAUAUGACUAAAUAAUAAACAUGGAGUGGAUUUGAAGUUCA